CUUUCCUCUCCACUUUUGACUUCCCCUUGGCAGCGAUCACUACAAUCCCAGCUCGCAAACAGGGGCUGAGUCGGCUGAUAGCCCCCGUGCCUGGCAGGCUGGCCGGCAGAUACACGAGCUGGCCGCGUCGAUGGCCACGACGAGUCAACAUGCGUGUGUCGUGGGCCCCCGCCCCCGCCGAGCAGAGCAACAGUCAUCGUCGGCCAGGCAGCCCAGGACACCUAUCUGAGAUGGCAGGUGCCAGAUGUCGGAUGUGUGGCGAGUGCUUCUCACAAGCACCCACGGCCCAGGCUCGGGCGGCAGGGUGGCAGGUGGAUCGACCAAGGCUUGUGCACAUCCAUCCUGGGGGAAAACACAGCCUGGGGAGAUCAACAAUGAUUUUCAUGAUCUUCAAAACGAGGAUCCCGGCGGAUCAAAGCAUCGACGCGCACCGCUCGCGCUCGCAGUCGCAAUCGCAGUCGCAAGUCGCCUGUCUGAUCCUGCCUCUGGUGCCGUCUUCAUGUCUUCGAUUCUACCACGAAGCAUCAUGCCUUUUCCUGCAUCGUCUUCUUCCUUCCUCAAUAUCCUGCCCGUCUUGGGCGAGAUCGGUUUCACGCCAGGUCUCAUCCCAACUCCGCCACAGUCGUCGGCGGAAAUGCCACAUUGCUUUCUGCGGCAUGCGUUCACGAUCAAUCAUCACCAUCCCCUCCUUGCUAUGGGUUUCGUCUGGUCUCUACCUCGUCGCAUGAUUCACCAAGCCAGCAACUUGAGGUGGCAGCCUACUGACAUGGCUUGGACGUGUGCGCCAAGCCGUCUCAUGCAUGGGUUUGGGAGCACCAACAUCCACCAAGUCGUUCCCACACCAAGGUUGUAUGUCGCCAUCGCACAGCGCGUCUGGUCCGACUUCGAUCUCAUCUCCCGCCUGUGUGGGGGAGGGUAGGGAUCCAUCACGACAGGGGAUACGGGAUCCAGGUGUUUCGUCCCCCCCCCCCCGGGCUGUGAUGUUGCGUCUGGCGGCUUGACCGUGAUGCCCUCUCGUGAUGAUCCUCUGACAAGUCAGUCAGGCGGCAUUGCCGCGCGCGAGCCUUGGUAUGGGGUCAAGUAGUCGGCUUCGAAUGCCUUGGUGACGCCUGUGCCACCAUCCUCCACGUGUUUGCCCAACGUCACACGGCAGUUGCGCUCCGCACACUGAAUGCUUCCUGUCUUGGUCGAGUAUUAAUAUGAGCUCUCUCGCCCGCCUCCCUCGGUCGACCAUAUCUCAUUCUUAUCACCACCGGACUCAUCCUUCUUCUUCUUCUUCUUCUUCUUCUUCUCUACGCUGUUCUUCACAUCAAGGCAGGGCCUUCUUCACUUCUAAUCACACACACAACUAUUUUAUACAUACCUCAAAAGCCCCUGCUGUCGCCAGACUUGGUGCAAGUACAUUCCCCUCCGAUCCAUCGCAACAAAACUAUCACCAUGUUCGCAAAAGUCCUUGUCCUCGCACUUGCUGCCUCACCCCUCGUUGCCGCUCAUGGCCGCGUUGAUGUGGUCACUGGCGACGCUGGUGGAAACGGCACGGCCCUCGCCAUACAGGGCGGCGUCGUCCCUUUGACAGGGAGGAACAAAGUCACCGAGGUAGACACCACUGUUUUCGGCUCUCGCAACCCGGCCAGCGACGGUCUGGGCAAGACCACCGACACAGGCAAAAUCCAGGCUGCAGACCUGAACCAGCUCAUGACUCAGGCUACGGCGCAGGCGGGCACGACAUUGCCGCAGGUCAACUCGUCACUGAGCGGAACUUGGCAUGUGGUGACAUCCGAUGGUUUCGGCAAGGUCUUCGCGGUCCUCGACCCGACAGCCACUGGGUCCUUCGCCGACGGCGUGCCGUUGACUACGACACUUGACGUUCCCGGAAAUAACGGAAACCCGCCAAAGGGAAACAACAAGUACAAGAGGUCCGUCCUGCGGCGCCUGGCUGAGAGCGUGGGCGUGAUCGAGAAGCGCGCCACCAACGUGAAUGAGGACUUCCCAAUGACUUUCUCGGUCCCCGCCGGGACGACCUGCAGUGGUACCGUCGGCGACCAGAAUAACGUCUGUCUUGUCAAGAUUGCCAACAAGAACGGUGCGGGCCCCUUCGGUGGCGUCGUUGCCAUCCAGAUGGCUGGCGCUGCGCCCGCUGCUGCGGCUGGCAGUGCCGGGGCUGCUGCAGCAAAGGAGAGGCGGGAGUUUUUCGCUUGAGAGACUCGCCUGCGUCAUCCCGGCCGCGACUGAACAGCGACGUGGAUGCCAGGCUUUGCUUCGUUCUUUGCGCGACGCAUACAGUCUCGUGGACUGGCAUGAAGGAAAUGAGCGAACCCAUAUGCUGCUGCGGGGCGACGGAUGUGUGGCAAGAGGGUAUGAACAACUGGGUUGAUUCUCCUCUUCCCAUUCUCGUCCGUGUCCUUGCGAAGACUAGGUUUCAGGGCUAUCGUGCACGUAUAUGUGUAUGUAUUAUAUCACUAUAUACGCUCCGGAAAACGGGCUGAUCGAGGGCUGGUGUGUAUGGAAUGCACUGUGGAUGUAGAUUCUAUUCUGUCGCUGACAACACUUCAAAUACAUUCUUCACCUUCA